CUGUGCUUAGCCGUGUACGUAGUGCAAUGGUGAGGGGCAGAGCAUGAUGCAGCCGGGGUCAGUGCAGCAGAAGAUCUCGUGUGUGUUCGUCACUCAGGUGAAGGAUGAGCCGUCCUCCAAGCGGGAGCACCAGAUGUUCAGAGUGCUGGCUACAGAAACACUAAACCCUCUGGCACUGAAUGCCGCCAUUGACAGUGCACUGGCUACAGAGAAGGUAGAUGGUACGUGCUGCUAUGUGACGACUCACAAAGGCCUCCCAUACCUCUGGGCCCGAUAUGAUAGGAAGCCAACAAAACAGGCGGAAAAGAGGUUCAAAAAAUAUAUUUUUUCAAAAGGAAACUCCAAAGACUUUGUUUGGAAUGUUGACGAGGAUUUCAAAGUUGUGCCCGAUUUUUGGACUCCAGCAAAAGGUGUGACCCGUUGUAAUGGUAAACUGUACCCGGAUGAAAAUGGCCAUAUACCAGGUUGGGUGCCUGUGGAAAAUGGCAAUAAGCAGUAUUGUUGGCAUUCAAGUGCUGUGAAUUAUUCAUUAGGAGUAGCCAUAGUAUUACAACCGAAUACAGAAGAUCCUGGAUCUUUGGAAAUUUGCCUUGUGCAUAUGUCAGGUCUUCUUGAGCAAACAUUGGAGCUCAUUGGGACCAAUAUUAAUGGAAACCCAUACGGCAUUGGUAAUAAGAAGAAUCCAAUUCACCUCCUUGUCCCUCAUGGCACUUUCCUCAUAAAGGAUCUAGAAGCUCUGGAUCAUAACAGUCUAAUGUCUUGGUUCAAACAUUGUCAGGAGGGCAAAGUAGAAGGCAUUGUAUGGCAUUGCAAAGAUGGAUCUUUAUUCAAGCUUCACCGCCAUCAUCUUGGAUUACACUGGCCACUCAACGACACACGCCUAAAUUCCAAGCCAGUUUCUAUUAGAUUGGAUUUAUGCAAAUAUGACUGCGAAGCAGAUUCAAGCACGUUACUAGGUCAGCUUUCAAAAAUAGACUCUCUGUGUUAUGACAGAUUAAAAGACAUUAUGUUAGACUGAGAACAGCACUUCGUGAAGAGUAAAAUGUAGUGCUGACAGCUCAUCAAGCCUGAUGGGGAAUAUUGCGGAAGUUCUACAUUUUGAGCAUGUGGCACCCUCUGCCUGGUCAACGGAACAGACGUCUGCAAAGCUGCCUUAUUUGCAAACAUUACACACGUCUGAUGUAUGUUUUCAUUACAGCAUGAAGACUGGUGACUUCCUGGGAGCCGAGAACACAUUAUCACAUUACUUGCACUUCUUUGAGGUUUUUCCAGUAGCAAUAACAUUUUAAGGAGAACUUGUGAGCUGUAAUAAUUUUGCAUUGUUCCUCUGUUAUUCCACCUGGAGAAGUAUAAAUUAAUAACUAGGUGUUACUGUUAACCUUGUCAAUAGGAUGUAUCCCUCCAUGGUCUGACGUAGGGUUGUCAGAAUACCAGAAUUCCAAAUUGAUACCACCCCUGCAGCCUCUUCGAUCACUGCGCUCUUCCCGGACUCUCACCCCCUGCACUUUGUCACAACUCCACUGCCACAUGUGUGUGGCCGCGACACACACAGCAGCCGACAAUUGUUAGUGAUCACAGGCUGGUCCUCUUCUUCCCUCUAUGGCACCAUGACUCUCAGGCCUUGAGGCAGCACGUGAAAAGUAAAGAAGCGCUGCAGACGCUAGACGAGACAGCUCCGUCCUCCCAGCACUCAAUCCCACCCCCCCAAAGCCUUCUUGGCAGCUGCACUUUUCCUUGCUCCAGAUCUGUGGCAGUGGAUGAGAACAAGGUGUGUGCCAAGUUGUACGCGUGCCGUGUUCUCUACUCAGAACUGCUACUAGGCUGUGUAAUAAGGCACGCAGCUUAGUAUAAAAUUACUGACAGUGUCAGUAUCGAACCAAAUAGAAUAUGAGAGUAUUGAAAAAGUACUGAUAUUUUGAAACCUUGUGCAAGCCUAGUCUGACGUGGUCAGCAUCACAUUGUACAGGGCACAUCCUGUUGAUGACAAUAGGAAUGGUAAUCUCUAGUUGUCACAGUAUGUUCAGGAGGAAUGGCAAAGUGCAGAUAAUCCAGAGUUACUGUAUGCUAUGCAAGUAUUUACUAAGGUAGCCUUUAGGGUUGAAACAUCCACUUUAAUGUCCUUAAAUCUGACAAGAAAUCAGUCAGCUUCCGCACAAAGGUAAAAUGUGACAAGUUUAUUUAAAUAUACAAAUAAGAAAUCACAACUAGAAAACAUAUAUCUGAAAAGAAACAAAUGUGUACAUUCUGUAUUUACAGGUGUAAUAAACUAAAUCCUCUAAUCAAAUAUAAAAAUGUCAGUCUCCGUAUGUAAUUUGGCAUAGCAAACUAGGUUUUACCCUUCAUUAAAAAAUUAAGUGCAAUUAUUCCUUCUCUAUUACUCAGUAAUAACAAUGUCAUGGUGCAUAUUCCUUUCUCUAAGGCCUCAUGCACACGACCGUUGUUUUGGUCCAGCUUGGAUGCGGGCCUAUUCACUUCAUUGGGGCCGCAAAAGAUGCGGAUAGCACUCCGUGUGCUGUCCGCAUCCGUUGCU